AUGGCAAACGCUCGGCAUCGACCACAGAAGAGAACAAACGAGUCCUCGCAGCAUACUCCGACUGUGCAGAAGAUCAGUCGACAUCUACUCGGGAUGCUGUAUACGGUCAAACAAGUGCGCAUUGAGCCAACGACAUGCAACAGCGACGAAAACAAGGUCAAGCGCAAGGAGUUUGCAGCAGCAUUUGUCGAAUACCAGCGAAAUGGGGACUUCAUUGUGUACUACGACGAGACGAACUUCAACAUUUACUGUCAUCGGUCGGUUGGACGCUCCAAACAAAGGACUCGGGCGACCAUUGUGCUGCCGCCAUCGAAAGGCCCGAACCUGCAAGUUCAGUGUGCCGUGUCUGCCGAAAUCGGCAUUGUUAGCCAUCGUUUGGAGCGGGGUAGUAUCAAAAUGGACAAGAACGCACAGUUUGUGGAAGAAUUUUACCGAGCGGCAAAAGCGUCGGAGGCCUACACGGCCAGUUUUGUCGGCAAGAAGGUGGUGAUUGUGUUGGACAACGCCCCGGCCCAUUCGCAGACGGAGCAACGAGUUGCUUCGCACGACGACUUGGUUCUGCUCGCCUAG